AUGCCUCUGAGAUUGACCAAGGAUGGGGAAAAAGCUAAAACAAAGGCUGGAAGAGAGAAGGUUGGAAACACAGCCUUGCUGGACUCCCACCAGGGAUCUGGUACUGCAUCACUGGAUCAUAAUGUCAAGGAGGAUGCUAGGCUUGAUAAGAGUGCAAAUAAGGCAAUUGUGGGGUAUGCCCACUUUGAUCUCAUGGAAAACUACAACAGCCUAUCCUUUGGUGGCUGGAACCCCUGCCCUCUCAUGCAAAACCAGGUGCAGUCACUGUAUCAAUCAUUCUUGAUAAAUGGUGUGAACAGAUUCAACCCCAUACAUGCAUUUCCUUUGGUCCUACCUAAGGAAUGGAUAGUUAAAGACACCAUGGAGAAGGACCACAAGAAGAGGGAUGAGCUUCCUAUUCUAUGUAUUUCAGACAAGGCACUGAAGGAUUGGAAAAUAAAGGCUGCUGAUGUCUAUGCCCUUGAAAUUGAGGAGUGGCAUAUGGAAAAACAGGCAGUGGAAGACAUUGUAGCAGCAGAGAUUAACAAUAUUGACAACAUGGCCACAGUCAAACAAUGUUUGCACAGGCUUAGGGAAGUCCUUGAGUAUUAUGGCCAAUGGAUAGUCAUAGUCUUUGAUGCCAAUCAGGUAGAUGAUCUAGUAGGAAUACACAUCUCCAGGAAUGAGACCAAGCACAUCUAUAUGCAGUCUCCUAAGGAGGGCCUAAUCCAGAGGUACAAGAUGUUAGAAGCAAACAACAAAACAUCAUGGCACAUAGAAUGCAUCCCUAUGGCCAAAGGUCCAGCAGCCAAACAGACAGAGCUGUUGUCUCAGGACUAUGUCUUUGGUCACCUCAAGAAUCUUGUCUCUUCAGGUACCUACUACAUCCAUUCCCCUGAGAUGCAGCUGAAUCAAUUCCACAAGGUUAUGUUGUCAGGCUAUGGAGGGCUCAUUGCCUAUGCAACUGCUCAUCUUGAAAAUCAGCUUUGUUGGUGCUUCAAUACUGUGUCUGACACCCUGGCUGAGUAUCAAAAAAUAGAAGCAAAGAGCAAGACCAGCACAUCAUUCCAGAAACUGAAGAUCAAGAAAGAAGAAAUAUUAGAGGAUUUGAAGUGGGCUAUGCCUGUCCUCAAUGCCAUUUCUGAUCCUCUAUGUGACAAACUGAAAAGUAUUUUUGACACUCACUUGGGCAACAAUACUCCAGCUUCAUAUAGAUUUGGUGAUGAUCAGGAUGAGAUGUGGUUAACCAUAUUCAAGGAGUACAGCUAUGCAGUGGUCACCGCCAUGGAUGAGUAUGCCAAUGAGGUCCUAAGUGCUAAUGAGACAAAGGACUUGGACUUGGAUGUCUGCUCCACACUGCUAGGGUGUGCUGGCAAGGCAGCCCUGGUUCUAUAUAACUCAAAUCGGGUCAACUAUUGCUCAUUUCCAUUCAUGUCCUACUCAGUAAUCACGACUCUGGUUUGA